UGAAAUGGUGUUACUACAGUUAUCCUGGUGACUCAAAAUGAAACUACUUAAAUGUGUAAAGUUGAACAAAAGUCAAAAUGGAUGCAUUCAAACAUCAGUAGGCUUGAUAUUGAAAUAACCUUUUUCCUCUCUUCUGCAAAAUUUCCCUCCUCCUUCUUAGCCUUUUUCUUCAGGAAGCCAGCACCACCUUGAAAACAUGAUGAACAAGACCAGCAGUGAUAUGGGGAACAAAGGCAAAAGAAAAAUUAAAUUUUCCUACUAGUUCCAGCCCAUUGACAAGUCCAUGAAACAGGCAGAAGGACCUUCCUCUGGGAGCUCAGCCACCUAGAUGAUGACUCUUUGCCCUGCCUGCAGGUGACCAGGCUACUGGUGAAGAGGUUGCAGUGGUGGCUUUAAAGGCAUUUGCUCCCACUUCAGCUGGGAUUUCUCCACAAAAGUCUUCUGAGAAAAGUCUUGAAGAGGAGGUGAAAGGAGAAAUGGCCAAUUCUCAGGGAUUGGUGACAUUCAGGGAUGUGGCCAUAGAAUUUUCUCAGGAAGAGUUGGGGUGCCUGAACCACAGUCAGUGGGAACUGUACAGGGAUGUGAUGUUAGAGAACUACGGACACCUCCUUUUCUUGGGUCUUGUUGUGUCAAAGCCAGACCUGGUCAUCUUUUUGGAACACAAGAAGGAUGUCUGGGCCGUGAAGAGAAAGGAGACAGUAGCUACACACCCAGGACAUCAAAGAAUUCAUACUGGAGAGAAAACUUACCAAGAAAAAGAAGGUGGCAAGUCCUUUAUCUGGCCCUCCUCCCUUUCAGGACAUCAAAGAAUUCAUACUGUGGAGACACCGUACAAACCUCAACGAUAUGGUAAGACCUUUCGGCAUCAUUCACAACUUUCUGAACAUCACACGGUUCAUGCUGAGGAGAAACCUUACCAAUGCAACGAAUGUGGCAAGGCCUUUAACUGGCACACAGCCCUUAGGAGACAUCACAGAAUCCAUACAGGAGAGAAAACUUACCAAUGUAAAAAAUGUGGCAAGGCCUUUGGGAACUUCUCAAACUUGACACAACAUCGCAGAAUUCAUACUGGAGUGAAACAUUACCAAUGUAAAGAAUGUGGCAAGGCUUUUGGGUCCUUCUCAAACUUGAAACAACAUCGCAGAAUUCAUACUGGAGUGAAACCUUACAAAUAUAAAGAAUGUGCUAAAUCUCUUAUCUGGCACUUAGGCCUCAGGACACAUGACAGAGUUAAUAGUGGAGAGAAACCUUACCAAUGUAAAGAAUGUGGCAAGGCCUUUAGCUGGCUCUCAGCCCUUACAGUACAUCACAGAAGUCAUACUGGAAAGAAACAUUACCAAUGUAAAGAAUGUGGUAAAGCCUUUUACUGGCACUCAGCCAUUAAGUUACAUCAGAGAAUUCACAGUGGAGAGAAACCUUACCAAUGUAAAGAAUGUGGCAAGGCCUUUAACCAGAAAUCAAAUUUUAAACAACAUAAAGUAAUUCAUACUGGACAGAAACCUUACCAAUGUAACGAAUGUGGCAAGGCCUUUACCUGGUCAUCAGUCCUUAAGAUACAUCACAGAAUUCAUAGUGGAGUAAAACCUUACCAAUGUAAUGAAUGUGGCAAGGCCUUUUACUGCCCAUCACAUCUUGAUGUACAUCACAGAGUCCAUACUGGAGAGAAACCUUACCAAUGUAAUGAAUGUGGCAAGACCUUUAACCAGAAAUCAUACCUUAAACAACAUAAAGUAAUUCAUACUGGACAGAAACCUUACCAAUGUAAAGAAUGUGGCAAAACCUUUAACUGGCAAUCAGCCCUUAAGUCACAUCACAGAAUUCAUAGUGGAGAGAAACCUUACCAAUGUAAAGAAUGUGGCAUCGCCUUUAGCUGGCUCUCAGCCCUUACAGAACAUCACAGAAUUCAUACUGGGGUGAACCCUUACCAAUGCAAAGAAUGUGGCAAGGUCUAUACGCGAUAUUCAAACCUUAGCAGACAUCAUAGAAUUCAUACUGGAGUGAAACCUUACCAAUGUAAAGACUGUGGCAAAGCCUUUAACUGGCAAUCGGCCCUGAAGGCACAUCACAGAAUUCACAGUGGAGAGAAACCUCACCAAUGCAAAGAAUGUGGCAAGGCUUUCAUCCGGCCCUCAGCCCUUACAGUACAUCACAGAAUUCAUACUGGAGUGAAACCUUACCAAUGUAAAGAAUGUGGCAAAGCCUUUAACUGGCAAUCGGCCCUGAAGGCACAUCACAAAAUUCACAGUGGAGAGAAACCUUACCAAUGCAAAGAAUGUGGCAAGGCCUUCAUCCGGCCCUCAGCCCUUACAGAACAUCACAGAAUUCAUACUGGAGUGAAACCUUACCAAUGCAAAGAAUGUGGCAAGGCGUAUCCGCGACAGUCAAGCCUUACCAAACAUCACAAAAUUCAUACUGAAGACUGACUUUACCAAUGUAAUGAAUGUGGAAAGACCUUUUACCCCGAGGCACAUCUUAAUGUACAUCACAGAAUCCAUCUUGGAGAGAAAGGUUACCAAUGUCAAGACUGUGGGAAGGCCUUCUCCCACCAGGCACAUCUUAAUGAACAUCACAGAAUCCAUACCAGAGAGAAACCUUACCAAUGUAAAGGAUGUGGGAAAACCUUUCUUCACUGUUCAUCCUUGACUUAUUAACAUAGAAUUCAUACUAGAGCAAAUCUUCUAAAUGUUAAGACUGUGACAGAAUUUCUAAGGAUUCCUCAACUCUUAUUCCACAUCAGAUAAUUCAUACUGAAGAGUAAUGAUACCCAAUGAUACCCAUUGGAAAUUGUUAAGAUAGUAAAGCAAUGCUUUACAAGUAAACCCUGAUUCUUCAUCAGAGAACAUAUACUGGAGAUGAUCUUACCAAUACAAAGAAUUUAGCAAGCCUUUUAAUCAGUACUCAAGCCUCAUCCAAUAUCACAGAACUCAUACUGCAGAGAAAACUUACAAGAAUGUGGU